GCGGCAGCGGCGGCGGCGGCGGCUGGCAGCGAGGGCGGCGGGGGCCCGGGUCCGGGCCCGGCGGGCGGCAGGAGGCCCCCUCGGGGCGCUGGGGGCCCUGCCGCCGGCUCCCGGCAGCCCAGCGUGGAGACUCUGGACAGUCCUACAGGAUCACAUGUUGAAUGGUGUAAACAGCUUAUAGCUGCUACAAUUUCUAGUCAGAUUUCAGGUUCAGUGACAUCCGAAAAUGUAUCCAGAGACUACAAGGUUUUCAGGAGGCCUGAUAUAAGGGAGAUUCAGGAAGAACACAAUGGCUACCCUUCUGAAGCCGAAGCUGAUCAGGUGGCUCUAAGAGAUGGAAAUAAGCUGGCACAGAUGGAAGAAACGCCACUCUUUCCAGGAGAAUCCAUCAAGGCCACUGUGAAAGACGUCAUGUACAUCUGUCCAUUUAUGGGAGCAGUGAGUGGAAGCCUGACAGUGACUGACUUUAAGAUGUACUUCAAGAAUGUAGAAAGGGACCCGAAGUUUGUCCUCGAUGUUCCCCUUGGUGUGAUUAGCAGAGUUGAGAAGAUUGGAGCGCAGAGCCACGGGGACAAUUCCUGUGGCAUAGAGAUUGUGUGCAAGGAUAUGAGGAACUUGCGACUUGCUUAUAAGCAGGAAGAACAGAGUAAACUUGGGAUAUUUGAAAACCUCAACAAACUUGCAUUUCCUCUUUCCAAUGGGCAGACACUCUUUGCAUUCAACUACAAAGAAAAAUUUCCAACGAAUGGGUGGAAAGUUUAUGAUCCUGUAUCUGAAUAUAAGAGACAGGGCUUGCCAAAUGAGAGCUGGAAAAUAUCCAAAGUGAACAGUAACUAUGAGCUCUGUGACACCUACCCUGCUGUCAUUGUCGUGCCAACUAGUGUGAAAGAUGCUGACCUUUCAAAAGUGGCAGCCUUUCGAGCAAAAGGCAGAGUCCCGGUGUUAUCGUGGAUUCAUCCAGAAAGUCAGGCAACAAUUACCCGUUGCAGCCAGCCACUUGUGGGUCCCAGUGAUAAACGCUGCAAAGAAGAUGAAAAAUACUUGCAAACGAUAAUGGAUGCUAACGCACAGUCUCACAAACUUAUCAUCUUUGAUGCCCGACAAAACAGUGUCGCUGAUACCAACAAGGCCAAGGGUGGAGGGUACGAGAGUGAAAGUGCUUACCCCAACGCGGAGCUCGUGUUCUUGGAGAUCCACAACAUCCACGUGAUGAGAGAGUCCCUGCGUAAAUUGAAAGAGAUCGUGUACCCUUCGAUAGAUGAGGCGCGGUGGCUCUCCAACGUGGAUGGGACGCACUGGCUGGAGUAUAUAAGGAUGCUUCUUGCUGGGGCAGUAAGGAUUGCUGAUAAGAUAGAAUCUGGGAAAACUUCGGUGGUGGUGCACUGCAGCGAUGGUUGGGACCGAACAGCCCAGCUGACGUCUCUGGCUAUGCUGAUGUUGGACAGUUACUACCGCACCAUUAAAGGGUUCGAGGCUCUCAUAGAAAAGGAGUGGAUAAGCUUCGGACAUAGGUUUGCACUGAGAGUGGGCCAUGGCAAUGACAACCACGCGGAUGCUGACCGAUCCCCUAUAUUUCUUCAGUUUAUUGAUUGUGUUUGGCAAAUGACAAGACAGUUUCCUUCAGCAUUCGAGUUUAAUGAGCUAUUCUUGAUCACGAUUUUGGAUCACCUAUAUAGCUGUCUCUUUGGGACUUUUUUGUGCAACUGUGAACAGCAGCGAUUUGAAGAGGAUGUAUAUACGAAGACUAUAUCUCUAUGGUCAUAUGUCAAUAGCCAGCUUGAAGAAUUUUCUAAUCCUUUCUUUGUGAAUUAUGAAAACCACGUCUUAUAUCCCGUUGCUAGUCUGAGUCAUUUGGAACUAUGGGUAAACUAUUACGUGCGGUGGAACCCACGAAUGAGGCCUCAGACGCCCAUUCACCAGAAUCUCAAGGAGCUGCUGGCCAUCAAGGCGGAGUUGCAGAAGCGGGUGGAGGACCUGCAGCGGGAGGUGGCCACACGCGCCUCGUCAUCAUCCGAGCGGGGCUCCUCGCCGUCCCACUCGGCCACCCCCGUCCACACCUCCGUCUGAGGGGCUCCAGAGGACGGCACUCGCGGCGACCCCGGCCAGCCAGGACCUCCUGCUCGGCGGCUCGGGCAAGGGACGGUAGCUUGUGAUCUUGUCUUUUAGGAUUAGGCCCAACGUCCUCCAGGCCUGGAUGGCACUUCCCACCAGUGACCAUUUGUGUGGCUAGGUGACCACGCCCACUGUCCUCAAGCGCUUUUUGUUUCGUGAGCCCGUUCCCUCCUGCCCACGCCGUCCUGUGGCGGCCUCCUGCCGCAUCGAGCCCGCGGACCGCCUGGCUCUGCGGCCCGGGAGAGGCGCGGGAGGAGCGUGGGGCGCGGGGCUUCGGGUUAAGGGGGCCCCACUCCCUUUCUUUCCGAGGUAAGCCCUUCAUUUUCAGAUACCCCCCCCUUCACUUACAGACCGCGUGCCAGCCACGUGGCUGCCUGAGCCCUUCGCUCCAACGCGAAGACCGUUUGGAACUUAAACUCUGGCACCGGGGCAGCCGCGCCGUUGCCAAGCCUCCAGUCCUCUUCAUGCCUGGGGCCCGCCCGCACCAGUUACUGCUGUGUACAUAGAAGGUAUUUUUAAAAAAGAGAAACAUGCCUUUAUUUUCCUAUGUCCUUUUUUAUGUUUGGACUAGUCACUCGAGGAGGUUUCUGCUUAACUGGACUGGGUGAGAAAUUCUUUUCCAACAAAGCUCAUGCCAACUUCAUGUGGUACCUCUGCAACGUGGUUUGAAUGGGGCCGCUGAGAUGGCACGGUGUCCCGCCCUCCCCCGACACCGGUGCUGGCCUCCCGAGGUGGCCCGGGGACAGUGUGACCCUGCGCCGGCCUCCCCGGCUGCGCCCCGGCCGCCCCCUCCCUGCUGCAGGCUGUUCGCACCGAGCAAGCCCGCCCUGCCCUGCUAGCUGCGCGGCGGCAAGGUUUCUCCCGGCCCCGGAGACCCCUCCAGCUCCGUUCCCCCGGCUGCGCCGCGGCACACCACCGCGCUCCCUGGCUUUCUCCUCCCGGGGCCACGGCGGGCUGUGCCACCCUCCCCUGCCCCCGGCACCGCCCUCCCUCCCCCUGCCCCCGCCCUGCCCGAUCCACAAGCAGCACAACAGCCCCUUUUCCUCUGUGUGUACCUAGCACACAACCGUUUCUAACACAACUUGAAGUAUACUGUUGUUACCUAAGCAAUUCUUUGUUUUAUUUAAGUGUACUAGAAUGUAAAACAUUCAUGGUUCAGAUUUUUAAAGACUGUAUCGUAUUUGCCUCAUCUGAUACACUGUAUUUCAGUCUGUAAUUAAAAUAAUACGUUUGC